AUGUCGUCUCCAAGUCUUGGUAGAGCAGCAAUAUGGAUUGCCGCAGGGGUAGGAUCAUACGCUUUCCUGCUGGGCCUUCUGAUCACGCCUCCGCUCCAGAGAUUUGCACUAUACGCGAAUGCAUUCAACACUUUGUUCUGGGACAAUGUAAAUGAUGGUGAAGCUUUCGGCUUUGCGAAACACCAAGUAACACCAUUCAAUAUUCGAACCCCUGAUGGCGAGACGUUGUACGCUUGGCACAUUUUACCGACGGAUGUAUAUGCCCGCAAUGAGAAAGCGAUCCGGGAAGAAGGUCGACCUGAUGAUCGACCAGUUGAGGACUUUACGAAAACUGUGCCAUUCAACUUGCUGACAUCCAAGGACCCUUCGCCAGCCAGAGUUCUCAUUAGCUUCCAUGGAAAUGCUGGGCAUAUUGCUCAAGGUUGGCGAAAUGAAGCCAAUCGAUUCAUGGCUGCUAAGCCAAACACUCACAUUCUAACCAUCGACUACCGCGGGUUUGGACACUCGACUGGAAGACCUACGGAGGCAGGUUUGAUCUUGGACGGUGUGACCCUGGUUGAGUGGAUUAUGACAGUGGCCGGCAUCCCACCGGAACGCAUAGUCAUAAUGGGUCAAAGUUUGGGGACGGCGGUGUCUAGUGCUGUUGCGUUGCAAUUUGCAGACCCAAAGAACAAUUUGCUUCCGGUUGGAGCCCCUGAACUUCAGCCGCUGCUGUCGGUUUCGCCGAGCAGAUAUCCAGUCACCUUUGCCGGCGUCAUACUCGCAGCACCCUUCAACAGCAUCCCGACGCUACUGUUGACCUAUCGGAUGGGAGGUCUUCUACCUCUUCUCCUCCCCCUUCGGCCCUUCCCUUACAUAUCAAAUCUACUGCUGUCACAAAUGGUCGACAAAUGGGAAACAGCUGAGCGCCUGGCUGCUUACUAUAAGGCUCUGAGAGAUAGCUCUGUAUUGUACAGCAAAGGUCGUACCAUGGGCUCUUUGCAGAUCGUCCACGCUGUAAACGACGCAGACAUUCCCUAUCACCAAACCGGGAUGAUUUGCCGUCGAAUACUUGGCAAACGAGAUUCUCAAAGCGGUCUGGAGACCGACGAAAUUGAUGGCAAAUCUUGUUCCGGUGGUAGCAGCAAAGAGGCCAGUGUGCUAGACGUGGCCCGACCCGGGCUGCCACGGAUCAGAUUCGAGAUUGUGAAGCAUGGAGGGCAUAAUAGAAUCAUCACGUAUAGUCCGGUAGCAGUGGCGGUCGAUCGAGCAUUUGACGACGUCUUCUUUCCAGCAGUCGUUGGUAUUUGA